GUUGAAACCCAAAAUUUGGGCGGCGAAGGAAGGCGCGAAACAAAAACUUUCCCGGCAAACCGCGCGCGCGUGCGACGCUCUUCAAAGCCCAAACAUGGCCACUCCCUCCCUCCCUCUCCACUCUCCUCACGCCUUCAAAACGCAAAUCUCAACUCUCUCACUCUCACCUUCUUCACAGAAAUAAAACGCAAAAUGGAGCUUUCAUCGUUAGCCAAGAAGCUUGGACUCACCGAUUCCAAACUCGUCAUCCGAAAAGCCGCCGAACUCCGCCGCCUCGCCGACGUCCAGUUCGAUUCCUCCAUCAUCGGCGUUGGUGAGAUCGCUAAAGCGGUUAUCUGUUUGGAAAUCGCCGCCACCAAGCUCGGUGUCCUCUUCGAUCGAUCCUCUGCGGUUAGGCUCAGUGGAAUGUCACAAGGAGCUUACAUCAGAUCCUACAAUUCUCUCCACAACGGGAUCGGUGUCAAGAUGAGGCUUGAUGUAAGAGAACUUGCAAUUCAGUUUGGUUGCGUUCGAAUUAUCCCUAUGGUUCGUGACGGUCUCAAGAGUUAUAAGGAGCGUUUUCUUGCAUCGUUGCCGCCCUCUCGACGUGCCAGCGCUGAUUUUACUCGGCCGGUGUUCACUGCUGUUGCUUUUUAUCUAUGUGCCAAAAAACAUAAGCUGAAAGUUGACAAGAUUAAGCUUAUUGAACUAUGCGGUACAUCUGAAUCUGAAUUUUCUAGUGUUUCUACUUCUAUGAAGGAUUUGUGCCAUGAUGUUUUUGGGAUUGCUAAGGAAAAGAAAGAUCCUAGAGAAGUAACCUCAAAUCGAGAAUUGCUUGAUGUGUUACCAAGUAAAAGGAAAGCUGAGGAUGGUGGUUAUGUGUCUGAUGAUGGGGCUGAGCUUCCAUAUUAUAAAAAAUGCAAGCAAACGCAAAAACGUGAUUAUGAGAAGUGGAAAUCUUCUGUGCUCGAGUCCAAUAAACAAAACAAGACAGAAGUGCUUUGCAAGCGUACUACCCAGACUAGCCUUAGCCUUAACUUUCUCAAGAAAGCCCCUGAGAGUCAGAAGUUGGAAGCUACAUGAGAUGUUAUUGCUUCAUUUUGUGAUGAAUGAUUAUUUUGGAGGAAACUUAGUACAUUAUGCAAGUGAUGAAGGAGGAUGGCAAAUAUUGUAGCAGAAGAUAAUUGCAUUAGUUGAUUUAUCUUACCAGCCUUCUCAAUUUUGUUAAUUUUACCAAGAGCAUUUGUUCACAGCAAGAACUCUGUACAGACUGGCAUAUUUAUAUCUUCCAUUGGUAUUUGGUUUCAAAUUGGAUCUCAGUACAGUUACAAUUAUGCAUUUACAUACAAGACAGUAAAUGUAUACAUGUAUAUUUUUCUUCGUAUA